GGGACGAUGAGCGGCGCGGCGCGGGCGGGCCCGGCCCGGCUCGCGGCGCUGGCACUGCUGACCUGCAGCCUGUGGCCGACGCGGGCGGACAACGCGAGUCAGGAGUACUACACGGCGCUCAUCAACGUGACGGUGCAGGAGCCCGGCCGCGGCACCCCGCUCACGUUCCGCAUCGACCGCGGGCGCUACGGGCUCGACUCACCCAAGGCCGAGGUCCGCGGCCAGGUGCUGGCACCGCUGCCCAUCCACGGAGUUGCUGAUCAUCUGGGCUGUGAUCCUCAAACACGGUUCCUUGUCCCUCCUAAUAUCAAACAGUGGAUCGCCUUGCUGCAAAGAGGAAAUUGUACCUUUAAAGAGAAAAUAUCACGGGCUGCUUUCCACAAUGCAGUUGCUGUAGUCAUCUACAAUAAUAAAUCCAAGGAGGAGCCGGUCACCAUGACUCAUCCAGGCACGGGAGAUAUUAUUGCUGUCAUGAUAACAGAAUUGAGGGGUAAGGAUAUUUUGAGUUAUCUGGAGAAAAACAUCUCUGUACAAAUGACAAUAGCUGUUGGAACUCGAAUGCCGCCAAAGAACUUCAGCCGUGGCUCUCUAGUCUUCGUGUCAAUAUCCUUUAUUGUUUUGAUGAUUAUUUCUUCAGCGUGGCUCAUAUUCUACUUCAUUCAGAAGAUCAGGUACACAAAUGCUCGCGACAGGAACCAGCGUCGUCUUGGAGACGCAGCCAAGAAAGCCAUCAGUAAAUUGACAACUAGAACGGUGAAAAAGGGCGAUAAGGAGACAGACCCAGACUUCGAUCACUGUGCAGUCUGCAUAGAGAGCUAUAAGCAGAAUGAUGUUGUUCGGGUUCUCCCCUGCAAGCAUGUUUUCCACAAAUCAUGUGUGGAUCCCUGGCUUAGUGAACACUGUACCUGUCCUAUGUGCAAACUUAAUAUUUUGAAAGCCCUAGGAAUUGUGCCAAAUCUGCCAUGUACUGAUAAUGUAGCAUUUGAUAUGGAAAGGCUCACCAGAACCCAAGCAGUUAACCGAAGAUCAGCCCUCGGGGACCUUGCCAGCGACAGUUCCCUUGGCCUGGAGCCACUGCGAACUUCGGGCAUAUCGCCUCUUCCUCAAGAUGGGGAGCUCACUCCUAGGACGGGUGAAAUCAACAUUGCAGUAACAAGUGGGCACUUCUUUCACCGGAACUCCCUGUCACCUCGUAGCCUGGUGUACGAAAGUGAAUUCUCCACCAUCGAACCGUCCUUGGACAUGUAUGAUGAGAACAAAACCUGAUUUUUUUUAAAUGGGCUGCUGGGGGUCUCUCCUUUUGAGCUUUGGUUUAUGGUCACCUUUCUUUUGUAUUUUUCUGUCAUCGUCCGUUUCGGAAGAAUGGCAGUACCUCUGGGUGCAAGUUGGGGUUCAGAGUUAAAUUGCAGAGUCCCCCAAGGUGAGGUCUGAGGACAGCAUCAUUGCCCAGAUGAGCCUCAUGGUACUGACUACCCACCCAGAGCCAACCACUGAGCAUGGGCACCCCAUGACCCUUGCCGUUUCCAGAGAAGAGAUGGGGCCAGGAGCUAAUGAGGCGUUUGUUGCAAAUGUGUCCGUGUCCCCAAAUAGUCGCACGCUGUUCUGUGUCAGGGUGGCAUUGGGGUUUUGUAAAAUACGUUUGUGGUCCUCACAUGCACAUGAAAGCCUGCAGAUAAAAUGUCCCACCGAUGCAGACUAUGAGUCUUGGACCCGCUUCACUUUGUCCUCUGUCUCUUACUGUAUUUCCCGGUAAAGGCCUCUUCCUACAGGGAGUCCUCCAAGAGAAGAUUCGUCUUCCUUUCGCCCUCUAGACUCGCACAGUCUGUUUUCCUGCAGAGCUUGGAGGACACGGGCACGGGGCCAGAGUCAGCUCUCACAGGAUCAGACAGUCAUCACUCUCCAGCGUCUGUGACGAGCACGACGUAGGAUAACAAGUAUUUACACAGACACUAGACAGAAGGCAUCUGUCCCCACUGCCUGUGGUGUAUAUGGGGAGGUGGCACCGGGAGCCUAGCACGAUGACCACACGGGACAAGGUUAACGGUCAUCAACACCAGAAUAGUUUUGAAUGUUUUAUUGGGAAGUGCAAACCAACAUCCUAUGAAAUACCAAAUGGGGGACCCCUCUUCCAUCUGGAUUGUCUAGUCCAGUGCCAGCAUCAGCACCAACAUGAAGAAACACUGGAGUGCUGGCCGCCAGUCUUUGAGAAGAGGAUGCUGUGGCCAGCAUGGUGGACACUGGGGACAUAUGUGCUCAUCCCACACAUCCAGAAUGACAUCAAGUUAACUAACAUAUGAGAAACGUAUAGCCUACAGUGUGGGAUCAAGAUGAGCAAGUCACCUCCUUUCUACAGAAGUUCGUGCCACAGUCGGCCUGCUUCUCACCAGAGCUGUGAAGAUGGUCAGAUCCUGGUUAGGAGAAUGCAGCUCCAGCAUCCAGACAUGUGUGACACACAGGCAGGUGGGGAGGCUCCCACCCUGUCACUGUUAUUGGCUCUGUGGGUCGUAGGUUUGAGGCAUGUGUGUGCCAUCUUCACACAUGUGGCUGCUUCUCUCUCACAGCAUCUUGUAACAUGUGUCACUAAGAUCCCUCAGGUGCCCUCAGAGAACCUUAGUGCUGACAGCCUGGAAGAACCUAGUUGCAGGGUGAGCC